CCCACGGUCGCGCCAAAUCCCUGCGUCAAGAUCGUCGUUAAGCAGCGGAAUCUUGAUAUGGGUAUCGUCGAAUGGAGGUAUUGACUUGAGCUCAGCGAGCUGUCCAGCGGCGGGGACAUUCUCUCUAUGGACCUCUGUGAAGCUAGAGCACCGUCAGAAUGGGUGUCAAGGGCUUAUGGUCCUUGCUCAAUCCGGUCGCAAGACCGGUCCAGAUCGAAAGCUUGGAAGGGAAGAAACUUGCGAUAGAUAGCUCCAUCUGGCUCUAUCAGUUUCAAGCUACCAUGAGAGACAAAGAUGGACGGGUUUUGGUGAACGCCCAUGUAUUAGGUUUUCUGCGGCGUAUAAACAAACUUCUAUUCCACGGCAUCAAGCCCGUCUUCGUCUUUGAUGGUGGUGCGCCCGCGCUCAAGCGAGCAACGAUCGGCGAAAGGAGAAGGAAGAAGACUGGAGCAGCUGCGAAUCACGCAAAGACAGCGGAGAAGCUCUUUGCUGCGCAAAUGAGACGCGAGGCCGUAAAAGUCACCCAGGCAAAUCGGGAGGCUAGGGCAGCUCGAGAGGAAGCUGCAAUGGCCGCUAUGGCGGCGAGAUACGACGAUGAGCAAGGGGAUGAGAUUGCCUUCAACGCAAUCUACUUGGAGGAUUUGGAGGGCCGUGGGGAAGGCAGCCGACCACCACCUCGACCAUUUGCGCCACCUGGUCCAGGGAGUUCAAAGAUUGUCGCCCCUGUUGAAGAGCCCGACCCCGCUGAGCAGCGACGAAAACGGUUUCGAAAACACGACCCGUACAAAUUGCCUGCAGCUUCCGUGCCUGCCAUGUCCACAGAGGAGAAGCCGGAUGCCAGAUUGGCUACAGAAGCAGAAUUAAAGCAUUUCAUCGACGAAAUGCACCCCUCCGAUAUCGAUGUCGAGUCUGCCGAAUUUCGAGCGCUCCCAACCGAAGUUCAGUAUGAAAUUAUCGGUGAUCUUCGAGUACGAUCCCGACAACAGUCUCAUCGCCGUCUGGCGGAUAUGUUGCGAGCUGCUCCUACCGCGCUGGACUUCUCGAUGGCUCAAAUUAAACACCUGAGUCAACGGAAUGCCCUGACUCAGCAGCUCCUCGAGGUGACGGACAUGGUAGGUCAUGCACACCUUACUAUACCCGUCCGAAUUGCUGCGGAGAGGAAUCGCGAGUAUGUCUUGGUGAAGCGAGGAGAGAGUGAGGGUGGCGGCUGGGCCUUGGGUAUCCGGGAGGGAACAAAGGCGAAUCCUAUCAAGGUGGAUGAGGAAGGUCCAUCGAGAAAUGGAAAGACUAGCCAGUCUGCUUCAUCAGAAUACGACUCGGAAGACAACAGCGACUACGGAGAUGAUAUCGAGGAGGUCUCGGGUCCUACACAACCCAGCCUGGCCGCUCCUCCAUCUAUUGACCCAGACCUCAGGGAACAUCGGCGCCGGGAGGUUCUGGACGCGAUCGCGGCACGUUACAAGGGCACGGGUCUUUCGUCGAUAUCGAUCAAGAGGGGGCUAUCUUCUCGUCCGGUUGUUGAUCGGGAUCAGCCCAAGGUCGAGCCGACUGCCAACGAUGAAGCGCUUGCCCUGGCGCUGCAGCAGGAGGAGCUCGGCUCAGACGAGGAUGAAGCAGAUCCCGAACUAGCGAGAGCGUUAGCGCUCAGCCGGAUAGAGAAGGAAGAGAAGCCAGCGGAAUCUACAAAUGUGUCGGAAGAUGGAGAACAAGAUGACAUCAAGUUGUUUGAUAGUGAGGAGGAUCUGCCGGCUCUCAAGCAAAGACAUGCGGAUUCCGAUGAGGACCUAGAAGAAGUCUCAUUAGUGCCAUCAGGUCGUUCAACCCCAGGGAAUCUGUCGAUCCUGGAUAUCUCAGGUGCCCCGUCCCGCGAUAUCGAAGGCAGCGAGGAUGAGAUGGACAUUGUAGCUAUUCCUCCACCCUCUUCUGCGCUACCACCGAAGCCACAUCUCGCCAUCGGUCCCGCUCAAGCAGCGCUGGAACAUGUCGAUGAUGCUCUCGAGGAGGCCCUGCAAACGAAUGAUGUUGGUCAUUCAGCCUCUGUGGUAUCGCCUCCAGGUCCGACCUUGGCCAUCCGUCCAAGCAACCGUGCUACUGUUCGUGCAGUCAACACGAUGAGUACUGCCCCCGUCCGUUCGCCACCAACAGAUGUGGGCAGGACGCCGGGAGAGGCCAUAUCAGCCGUACCAAAGCGGUCGGAGACGAUGUCAAAACCAAGCGUUGGGGCAACAGCAUUGACACCGUCACCCCGCGCCUCCCUACCUGUCAAUGUCAAGCCAGGCACCGACAAGGCCCUGAUGACGGUCAGUCGUUCUCAGGCACAAGCUGCUCUAGCCCGUGAAGAUCGAUACAAUUCUCCAGACCUUGAUCACGACGAUCCCUUGCCGGAGGAUAUCCGGAAUCAGCACCGCCAGCAUGCGGAUCCAUUACUGGCUUUCACCCGAUACGAUUUGGAGGAAGAGUCUCUCCCUGAUUUGCGACCCGCCCGCUCGAGAAGUGCGUCGAGCGGGCAGCUAGUACGUAUGGACGACGUAGACGAAGAGGACACCGAUGAAGGAGAGGAUGAAGACGAGGGCAGAGAGCAGGAUGAAGAUCGUUCAAUUAGAUGGUCAAAAUCGCCAUCGCCUCGACCACGAACUCGACCACCACUUCAGACGGAGCAAUCAGGAGAGACUAUACCAUCCGAGGUGGAAGAAGACGACGGCGAUAUGACGCGCGGGGAUAUGGUGGCCGAGGAAGAUGACUAUGCCAGAUUUCUCGCCUCAAUCAAAAACAGAGAUCUCAACGAAGUCCGCACAGAGAUUGACGACGAGAUCCGUGUCUUAAAUGCUGCUAACAAGGUUGCGAUGCGAGACUCGGACGAGAUAUCCCAGGCAAUGAUCGCUCAGAUUCAGACACUCCUUCGCCACUUUGGUAUACCAUACAUCACAGCACCCAUGGAAGCCGAAGCUCAAUGUGCCAAACUCGCCGAGCUCGGCUUAGUAGACGGGGUCAUCACCGAUGAUUCUGAUGUCUUCCUAUUUGGUGGCAAGCAAUGCUUCAAAAACAUCUUUAAUGAUGCCAAAUAUGCCGAAUGCUUUCUGUUAUCAGAUAUCGACCGAGAAUUAUCCCUCACUCGAGAAAGACUCAUCUCCCUGGCGUAUCUUCUUGGAUCCGACUACACUAUCGGCUUACCAGGUGUGGGCCCCGUGGUGGCUUUGGAGCUGCUGGCCAAUUUCCCGGGGGAGAAAGGCGUGGAGGAGUUCAAGACUUGGUGGAUGAAAGUUCAGCGGGGUCAGGAUAGUGAAUUCGAAACGAACACCAAGUGGAAGAAGAGCUUCAAAAAGCGAUAUUCCUCAGCCAUCUAUCUCACCUCAGACUGGCCGAACCCACUCGUCCGCGAGGCUUAUAAAUAUCCCACGACCGAUGACUCGGAAGAGCCAUUUCACUGGGGCUUUCCGAAGCUGUCUGCAUUGAGGGCUUUCUUACACGAGGAAUUGUCGUGGUCCAUCUCCAAGGUCGAUGACGAGCUCACUCCGAUUGUGCAACGUAUCGCCAGGCGUGGCAAAGUCGGUGCUCUGAAUAAACAAGCCACCCUGGAUCCCUUCUUUGAUCUGUCCGUCGCUUCUGGCAAUUAUGCGCCGCGGCGACGGACCACCGCCAAUGUCAGUAAGCGUCUUAUGACCGUGAUCAAGGAGUAUCGAGAGGCCGAAGCAAGGAUCAAAGGUCAACAGCCUGAGGGGUGGGGAGAAAUGCUCGCCGAUAUCGAUCAAGAGGAUCCUCGCGGUGCGGCCUACGCAAGAAAGGGGUCUUCCCGUCGCAUCGGAAGCGAAAAGGCACCAUCGAGGGGGUCGCUCAAGCCUAACGCAUCUGAGACCUCACUGGCAGUCUCAACCCAGGAUGAUGAUGCGGUCAUCGUGGACUCAAACGCGGAAGGGGACAAGCCAGCUAAGAAGCCACCGACGAAGAGAAAGCGCAAAUCGAAGGCUGCCGCGGUGGACGGUAGACCAGCGGACCCUAUGGGAGAGAGCACCGGUAAGGAGGAAGAGGACGGGGAUGGAGACGAAGUGUAUGUUGCCAAAGCUGCCAAACCACAGAAAUGGAAGAAAGCUCGAGGGUCAAGAAGAUGGGUUGGACCUCGCUGGGAUGUACGAGAGAAACCGGAAAAUUAGUCUAUACCAAUGUUGUCGCAUUCCUCAUCGCAUCGCAAGAGCAAACUGCUUGCAAGUUGUACUCAUUCACACUUGAUGUAUCGCUAAUCCUGAG